GACCGCCAGGGCUGCACCAUGGUGGUGGGCAGCGACGGCCGCUACUUCAGCAAGACGGCCAUCGAGAUCGUCGUCCAGAUGGCCGCGGCCAACGGGGUAAGCGCGGGGCCUCUCGGCUCCGCCGGUGCUCGGCGCGUCAGUCAGGCUGUUCCGCUAGGCUUGGGCGAGGCUGGUGGUGAUACCUGUGUGUAACCCAGGUGCUCCUGGCAGCCCCGGGUACUGCGGGCCAACCGUAGUGCUGCACACCUCGCUUGAGACCUGAGUCAGAAGUGGUAGCUGAAAAGCACACCUUACUCUGUGGAGAAAGUUUAGCAGGGUCAAAAGUAAGUGUGUGGAAAGUAAGGGCAUCAGAUGUGUGCUCGCUGCUCAUGGUCUUCUAGGGAUGCUUGAGGAAAACGUGUUAUUAAAGGAAGAGGAAUUCAGCAAUUUGGCUGCAUCUUGAGAAAAUAAUUGUUCUUCUCUAUUCAUUGGAUGUCUGAGAUAAUAGUGAAGACAUUAGUGACAACCAAUCUGAUCAGAUGGGUUACAGCAUAUUUUACUCAAAUUUGAAAAUGUGAAAAAACUCAAGGGGGGAACUAAUGUUUUCUGAUAGAGGUGUUUAGACCCUUUGUCGGUUUGUACAUACAGAAAGCUGGGAAGUACCAGCUAGCACGGGCUUGAAGCAGAGUUGAAGCUGCUGUCUCCUAACUGCUGAGUCGACCCUCCAGUGAGCGCAGGCAGUGGGGAAUAGGUUGGGGGCACUGCUCACAGCUGGGAGCUGUGAGGCCCAGAGGAGGAUUUCGCCUCAGUUCCUCUCACUGCUGGCUCUGUGAGGGAAGCUCUGUCACUGCAGGGUGGGCAGGAGAAAGCACAGCAAAGGCUGCUCUGCCGAGCCUGUGGUUGCCCACAGCUCUUGUAUGCACAGAGUGAGCUGCAGCCGCAAGGUGACCACAAGGACUGAGAUCUGGGAGAGACCAGAAAUGUAGGGCUUAGAAGGCUGAGAGGUUCUCAGCCGGGCUGAGCUGCACUCAGGACUCUGUCCUGGCUAAUGUUGCUGUCAGCUUGAUUCCUUCCAGCUUCUCAUGUCACAUUUCCCAUUUUGUUCUGCUCCCCCUGCAGAUUAGGUCUUUUUGAUUGCAGGACAUUUCCAGUUUAGCAUAUUUUUGGCACUUUGCUCUAACAGGGCUUUCCCUCCCUUAAGUUAUUGCAGUUUUCUUGGAAGCACAGUUUCUCCUUACUGUUUUCUGAAGCCAAGAAACAAGAGUGUCUGCUGGCAGUUCCCACAGAUUCCUGAGUUCAAGCACCAUACUCUGGCUGGGGACACAGUCCUGACAAAUUCAGCAGGGUGGUGGUUGGUGGUGACAUUGAUCCUGCUCCCAUGUGCUCGUGCUCCAUUCCCCUCUGGCCUGCCGGCCGCUUGUCUGUUUCUCUACAGCACACUGUAAGUGCUGUAGCCUCACUUUUUUGCCUCCAAGGAAUACUCAUUACAUGUUUUAUUCUUUGAUUGCUAAUAAAUGACAGCUGAGAAAUUAUCUGAGCCUCCCCAAAGGCACCGUUUAGUGCUGUGCUGUAUGGUUCGGGUGGAGAACACCAAUACUGCUGAGGGCAAAUGCCUCUCCCUUUGGCCAAGGCAAAUGUCACUACAAGAAGCCUGGCCAGCAUCAAAAAGGAAAAAAAAAACAAAAAACAACAAGCUGGCAAACGCAGGGUGCGAUGAAAUGUGGAAGCUUGAAGCUGCCCUGAAAACCUUUAACCUCAGUGGAGUUCCAGGAGAGUGAUGGCCAAGUAGUGCUGACAAACUGAGCCAGAGUCUCCUUCCAGGAAGGCACAUUCUGAGUUCUCUGGUUUAUUGUGCCUGCUGAGUAUAAAAAUAAAGGGGAUUUUCUGUUAUCAACUGUAAAUGUAUUGCCCUUUAGAGUCACUAGGUUCCCCUUGUUCUAAUUUGGUGACUCACCCCGCAUUCUCCCUGCUUUAACAGCCUAGCACAGUUGGCACAGGCCCUAGGACAAGGAAUGAGCUGAGGCCCCCUGCCUGGUCAGCUGCCACUGCUUGCCCUGCCUUCCUGUCAUCAUUGAGCCCUCUGCUCACCCUACGAGCUGGGGCUGCAGGUACACCACGGCCACAGCUCCUGGGCUUCCACUGCUGGCAGUGGCUAGAGGGUAGCGUGUGCUAUGCGGUGGCCAUCAGCACAUGAUUCAUCAUGUCUUUCUGUUUGGAGAGGUAGCGUAGGUUAGCUGGAAGCAGCUGACUAGUGGUCAUCCUUUGACAGAGCGCACAGAUGGGAUUGAGGCAAACGUAUUUUGCUAAGAGGCUGCACGUCGUGGGAGUGUGAGGUCCUGUCCCAUUCCAGCUUGCAACAGGCAUUUCUGAGAAAUGAGAUGGUAGGAGAAUAUCUGAGGCAUCUCCCUUUUCACCUGCCAUCUGUCAGCAGUUUUUGUUUCUUAAUGCCAGAAAGAACUGAGGUAGAGGGCUCCAUCCUGUGUGACAAAGUCUCACUACAAAUUAAAUGCAAGUGUUCCGUUAGAGCCAUCAGCUGGGUGUGGUGCUUUAUUUUUGAGGCAAAGUUUAGAAUAAGUUUAAAUUAGAAACUGAUGUCUGGAUCUGAUCAGAUGAGUUGAUGAUCAUACUUGGCCUAUGGAGAGUUGUAGCAACAUUAUAGAGGUCAUGAAGCGUUGCUAAUAAUGCUGUAAAAGUUUGAGACGGCAAAGAAUUUUCCAGUUGUUUUUGCAAUGCCACGUUGUUUUUUGUUUCCCAUGAGAAUCUUAUCUUUCCUCCUUACACCUGUAUGGCUGACUUAUUUGCUUCUAUGUUAGGCGUGACACUAAGUUAUCAUUAGGAUACUACAGUGAAAGAAGACAUGUCCCCGUGCUGUCCAAGGUAUAAUCCACUUGCGUUAUGUUAUUUCAAGUUCAAUUGACUGAGGCAUGUGAAAGAAAAAUUAUAGAAAAGAAAAGUAAUAUUGCAUAAAAAUGUUGCUGUGAAAUACUUGUUAGGGUGACUAUACUCUUGGCCCUAAGAGUUUGCUGAGGACCAUCGUCUCUUGCUGCUGUUGCUACUAAAAGCAGAGGGACAAAAUAGGAUGUGGCAUGAGUGACAAAAUAGAACGUGGCAUUGUGCACAGUAUUAGAAGAGACAUUACAAGCCUGUGAUCUCGUAACCAUGCAAGUUUUUGAAUUCCAAAGAUAAUCUUCCAUGCUAUGAAACUGCCCACGAUUUUCAGAACGAUAUAACUGGAACUUCUUGUGAGUGAGUACGUGGACACUAUCUGGCUGCUGGUUUAGUCCAGAGAAGUCUGUAAAUCUGAGAGUUCAUUUCUUAAAAUUAAUUAGAUAUCAGUUUAAUACUUGAUUCAGAGACAUAAAGAAUAGCAACUGGGCUGAGAGUGGAUGAGACUGCAUUCCUGUCAUCAAAACGAAGAGAGGAAGAUGCUUACAUUUCUAAGGGGUGCCUGAACUCAGAGUUUCGUAAGAGCGCUGAAGACCUAUACGUGAAGUGAAGCUCUUUGCAGUAGUCACUGCAAACAGAGCAUCGUAAGACAUAAUUUCACUGUCUUAUUUAAUUCAGAAUACUAAACAUUAUGGUAUUUUUACAGGAUAGGAAUUAGUUUAAACAACUCCUGUACUGUUUCUGCACUAAUUCUAAGUAGUGUAGAAAUAACCACCUGAACAAAUAACUUGUCACAAAUAGUGAAAGCAACACAAAAUAGAUGCUGCGAUUCAUAUAGUUGCUGAGCAUACAGGAAAAUGGGAAAACUGCUUUGUUUGAACAGGAGAAAAGUGAAGAUGCAGUGAAGAGGCAGUGCCAGAUUAGUUGUGCAUUGUGAAUAGUCCGUGUUUUGGCUACUUAAGAGCGAUGAUUUCUGUGCACUUAUAAAAAACCUAAAGCUCACGUAGAAGUGUAGAAGAAUUCACAAUAUACCCUGCAUGCAAAUGUAAAUGUACUGAUACUUUAAUACCUCAUAAUACAUUCAGCAAAACAUAAUUUCUGUCAUCUUCCUUUUGCUUACCCAUCCACAAUAAUGUUUUAAAAGCCACUACCCUUUUCUGACAGCUGUAUUUGAAAAACUGAGUCUUCACUUGCCUUAGUGUUCUACAUGCAUAAUGGUUUAGAAAAGGGAGAGAAAGUGCUCAAAGCAAAUGUUUUCAUUACUUAUUUUCAUUUUAUUUCACAUAGUGAGGAUACAUAGUAUAGGCUAGAAGAAAGUUUGCUGAAGCCCGUUUCCCAGUGGUCUGUGUUUCUUCUAAUGCUUUGGUACAACGAGCAGUGAUGAUUAAAUGAUGGCACUCAUACAGCAGUCUUGGAAGAAAUCUCAUGUUGUUCGAAAGCUGCUCAUAGGCUGAAAAGAAGCCUUAAAAGGACACACUCAAAGUCAGAACAGUUUGAAACUAUUAGUAUUUCUAUUUCAAAUUACUACUUAUACGGCACUGGUAUAAAUAAAACAUUAAGUAAUACAGGUAAUGGAAAUCCUUUUUCCUUGAACAUGGUUCUGAAAGUGCCUCAAGGCAUAUGCUUGAACUGCUAGCAAUAUCACUGUCUCUCCUUGAGGAGUUUGGAUGGAGUUCUAUCCUGAGUAUUUUCUGAGGCAAAGGUAUGUCUGUGGAGAUACAGCCCAGAACAACUGGAAACACUUCUGCUUAUUUAUAUUAAAAAGUCUUCCUUAUUUCAUGACAUAAGAAUUGCAUUUCUGCAGUCAUAAGAAAGGUUAUAUGUAAACUGUUUUUGAAGCAGUUUCUAUUCAAAACAGUUGAGUAAAAAAAUUGCAAAUUCUGGAGAUUUUAAAUCUCCAUUUGGAGAGUUUUGGAGUAUUUGGAGAGUUUUAAAAGAUGCUAAGAACAUUACAUAAAUGCAGAGUGCUCCGGUCAGCAAGAGAUACCAGUUUGGUUCUGUAAUUGGUGAAAUGUCAGCCCCUUCACUAAGAUUUGGAGACUAAGUAGAAGGAACAUAUCUUCAUUGUUGCUCAUGAGACUUGUAAAUUGUAUUUACAGGUAAUUGGAAUAUGUACAAUAAAUUGGGAGAUACACAAUACUUGUACUGUAAAUUGCUGCUUAGUUAUACCUGCAGAGAGAACCAAGAGUCUGGUUAGCACCUCGGUUUUUCAUGUUGAGCUGAAACUGUAGUAUCUGUGUAGGUAAUGAAGGCAAGGAUUUGAAAUUGGAAUCAUGCAGUGGAGUUGUGUGUAACACCAAACACACUGAGGCAGUGUUUAAUAACACCACCUGAAGGCUUUUUUUACUUUAAGACUGGUGGGAACUUCCUUGCUCAGCUGUGUCCUGGAAACAAUCCCUGUUCGUCUGAAAUAGCCAAAGAGUAAAUGAUGACUGAAGGAAGAGUGGUAUUUUCUGCAGGACUGGACAUCCAAGGGUGUCUGUGAUACAGAGAUGUGACUCAGAGAUUACACAUUUUAGAAAUAUAUUGUAGUUAUAUUUGCAGUUGCUCUGAAAAGCCCCUCCGUGAAAGCCACCAAGUUGCUUGCUGUUCUCUUUUAUGCUGAUUGAAGCUCCAACCUUGCUUGCUUCCACACACUCAACCCUAAAACUUACUGUUAUUAGAGGGGCUUUAGUGUUCGAUCAGGAUACCUGGAAAGGUCUGAUAGCAGGAUCAUACCCCUGUACAGUGAUGUGAGCAUGUAGUUUGCUGUUGUGUCUGUGCUUCUUCCUGCCCUGGGCAUACAGAAUACAGCAUUUGUUAUUGGCACUCCAGUGUAGCAGGUAACCAGCUCCUGUUUGCGUAUUUCUCUGCAACAAAUAGGUUCCAUGAUUGGCAGAUUGGUUAUUGGGCAGAAUGGUAUCUUGUCCACACCUGCCGUUUCAUGUAUUAUUCGAAAGAUAAAAGCAGCUGGUGGGAUUAUUCUAACAGCCAGCCACAGUCCUGGGGGACCUGGAGGAGAGUUUGGAGUCAAGUUUGAGGUUGCAAAUGGAGGACCUGCUCCAGAUGUAGUUUCAGAUAAAAUUUAUCAAAUCAGCAAAACCUUGGAGGAAUAUGCCAUUUGUCCUGAUCUCAGAGUUGAUUUAUCUCGCUUAGGAAGACAAGAGUUUGAUCUGGAGAACAAAUUCAAACCUUUCCGAGUGGAAAUUGUUGAUUCUGUGGAUAUCUACCUCAAUCUCCUUCGAAAUAUCUUUGACUUCAAUGCCAUCAGAAAUUUGUUGACUGGACCCAACCAGAUCAAAAUCAGGAUUGAUGCCAUGAAUGGAGUUAUGGGACCGUAUGUGAGAAGAAUCCUCUGUGAUGAAUUAGGAGCUCCUGCAAAUUCUGCUAUAAACUGUAUUCCUCUGGAGGAUUUUGGUGGACAGCGUCCUGAUCCCAAUUUAACAUAUGCAACUGCCUUGCUGGAGGCUAUGAGAGGUGGAGAGUAUGGGUUUGGAGCUGCUUUUGAUGCUGAUGGAGACCGCUAUAUGAUCCUUGGUCAAAAUGGUUUCUUUGUUAAUGCGUCUGAUUCAUUGGCAGUUAUUGCUGCCAAUCUGUCUUGCAUUCCAUACUUCUGUCAGAUGGGUGUCCGAGGAUUUGGUAGGAGCAUGCCCACCAGCACAGCCCUGGACAAAGUGGCGAAAGUAAUGAAGGUUCCUGUGUAUGAAACACCAACAGGAUGGAGAUAUUUUUCCAAUCUCAUGGAUUCUGGACGUUGCUCACUCUGUGGGGAGGAAAGCUUUGGCACUGGGUCUGAUCACCUUCGAGAGAAAGAUGGACUGUGGGCUGUUCUAGUUUGGCUUUCAAUCCUGGCAGCUCGAAAGCAGAGCGUAGAAGAAAUCGUCAGGGAUCACUGGGCAAAGUUUGGUCGACACUACUACUGCAGGUUUGAUUACGAAGCAUUGGAACCCAGAACAGCAUAUUUCAUAAUGAGAGACCUGGAAGCUUUGAUCACUGACAAGUCAUUCAGCCAUCAGCAGUUUGCUGUGGGCAGCAGUAUCUACAGUGUGGAAAGAACAGACAGCUUUGAGUACAUAGAUCCUGUGGAUGGCACUGUGACCAAAAGACAGGGGCUGCGGAUUGUUUUUUCAGAUGCUUCCAGGCUCAUCUUUAGAAUGAGUGCUUCUAGCCAUGUGAGAGCUACUCUCCGGAUCUAUGCAGAGAGUUAUGAGAAGGAUCCUAGCCAACACAAUAAGGAGCCACAGGCUGUGCUGAGUCCUCUUAUAGCGAUCGCACUGAAAAUAUCUCAGAUCCAUGAGAGGACAGGGAGAAAGGGACCCACUGUCAUCACCUGAAGCUGCAGAGGAUUGUUAAACCAGGGCCAAAAGACGAACAGCAAGGAGAAGACAGGACUUUGCUGAAACAUGUUAGCUGUUUGUGCCUUGUAUGGUUUAAAAACUUUUCUUGGGGAUAGAGGGAGGUGGAAUGAAAAAUUCAAUAUCAUGUCAAGCAUAUUCAGUUACAUUGAUCUCCAAAGACAGUAGUGUAUUGACUUCUUUGUUUUACCUGUAAUAUCUUUAUUUCAGAUAACAAUAUAACAACAGAAAAAGGCCUUAACUCCUAAACGAUGCCAGCAGUGUGACAGAAAAGGCAAACUGCUUUUUUUGAAUACUAUGAUAACAGUUGGGGAAAUUUCAGUUAUGGAGAGAGGGGGAGAGGCUGCAAAGCAAAGACAUGUUUGGGAUCCUUGUAUCCUUAUUGUUGGUUUACAGAGACAUAUGCAAAACAUGUCUGGGGCCUAAGGGCUCUGUACUAAGCUUUGCAAAGUGAGCAUUUUCUCAUCUGACAUCGCUUCUUCUCUCCAGUCUUUCACAUUGCUCACAGAUAACACGCUGGCAGCAGUGUUGUAUACACACUUGCACAUGCUCCCAAAGAAAGUGUCAUCCCAUAUUUUUUACCCCUGCUUUUAAAACAUAUCAGUCCUACUUGUGCCUUUGCAUUUUCCUGAUUUUUGACUCUUUCGAGGCAGUUGUGCUGUAGAAGCUGAUUGUGUCCUUGCAGCAAUAUGUUGGGUAUAGGAUCUUGGCUGUCUUUUGCAAUAUUCCUCAUGCCAGAAGAUGAUACUGGUGCUUAUUAUGUUUGAAAGGCAAUUGCUUCAAGUUCAGCAAUUUUACAUAAAGAAGUUACGAUGGAAGUUUUUAAAGUCUUUGCAAUAGUCAUGUUUCACUUACCACAGAGUGGCAAGUGAAGUGUGUAGUGAAGAGGAAAUGUAAACAAACACUAAUGAUUUACAUAGAAAUAACUUGUAUCAUUCAGCAGCUAGACUCAGCUUUUGUUAGUUUUUUUCUUACAGUGGAUCAUGAAACAAAAAGUUAGGGAGUGCCAAGAGUGAAGAGAUGACCUGGUAUAAAUCUGAGAAGGGCAUCUGGGGAUAUAGACAUCAGCAUUUUUCUGCUUGUGAAAUGAUACUGCAGUUCUAGCUACAGUACUGUGCUCUGCAUAAGAACUCAAAGACUUUAUGCAUGUGACUUGUUUGAAAGCUUUGCUUCCUUGGGAACAGUGUGGUCACUUGUAUGAUUUGUUAAGGUGGCUUUGUACCACCUGCCUCUUCGCAGUGUGUUUCAUUUCAUUGUGGUUGUCAAAUCUAAUGCAAUUUAUAUAACAUUGCAGCAGAAGAAAUUGUUUUGAUUUCUUUCAACACUUCUGUCGAAAAAUUUCUAUGACACUGAGUACACAAUAAAGAGAAAUGCUAUAUUUCUGUCUUGUUGGCAAGACACACUGCACUUUCAAGCAUCCUAAUAAAACUGCUUUUCAUACAGUUA